AUGUCGUACAGCUACACCGGAUAUCAACUCCGGCAGGCGGAUUACCACCCAUGGCAGCCCGUAUCUCAACCCCUGCUCCAUCCGACCAGAGCGUUAGAUCAACAACCAUCAUAUACAUAUCCACAAGAUGGGAGACUCCACCCACAACACCAUCCCUACCAAGCCCGUCAACCCACUUCCUGGGACCCACCACGGCUGCGCCAGGAAACUGUGUAUCAGCAACCAUCGUCCUACGAGACAGAUUUGUACUCGCCACCACCGCCCUCUUGUUGGGACCCGCCAAGGUUGUGCACGCAGCAGCCUUAUCAACCGCCUCAGCAGCCACACCACACCGCACUCAGACAACCCACUAGCUGGGAUCCACCUGCCUACUGGGAGACAACGGGACAACGCCCCUUCCAUGGGGUAUCGGCAUACGAUCAUCCGCUGCCCCCCAACCAUAACUCAGGAUGGAAUCAGCCCGCGCCGCAGCCACCACCACGACACAUCCGACUCUCGCACAACUUCAACAAUUGUUGGAAGCGUGCUACAGGAUGGAGUCUCGCCUUGUUGCAGCCGACCGACGCAUUGACAACAUGCUUCCUCCCGAGCUGCCUGAACCUGCGCAACCCUACGGCUCCCCUCGUUCAACACCUUCCUCCAUCAGGAAAUAGCAAGGCUUCGCUAGGGCCGUCGGGUUUACCCCCCUACGACUCAUUGGCUCCGCCGCAGCAGUCGAGUACAACACCACCACCCUUUGCGCUGCUUCCCGAUACCGCCCUCGAGCUGCCGCCACUGCCACUGUUGAUUCUUGAUUGA